AGGGCUGUAUCGUCGAAGAAUUUCCCAUGUUGGCAAGAAAACCUACACGGUUAACGACCUUUUUCUGUGUGUCCUCUGGCUUUUUUGUGUUCAAUUUUAUACAAAGCUCACCACUGACUUUUAUUGUCAGUGUUUUUCAGUAGAAAGGGUAACCGUUUGAUAUACGGAGAAACUUUCCGAAGGAGUAACAACAAGCUAGGCUUGAGGAGGUGUAAGUCAGGAUGGCCCAGUGGAACCAGUUACAGCAGCUGGAGACCAGGUAUCUGGAGCAGCUCUACCACCUGUACAGCGACAGCUUCCCCAUGGAGCUGCGGCAGUUCCUCGCCCCCUGGAUUGAGAGUCAGGACUGGGCUUACGCUGCCAAUAAGGAGUCACACGCCACCCUGGUGUUCCACAACCUCUUGGGAGAAAUAGAUCAGCAGUAUAGCCGUUUCCUGCAGGAAAACAAUGUCCUCUACCAGCAUAACCUGCGCAGGAUCAAACAGCAUCUGCAGAGCAAGUACCUGGAGAAGCCCAUGGACAUCGCUCGCAUCGUGGCCCGCUGUCUAUGGGAGGAGCAGAGGCUGCUGCAGACGGCCACCACUGCUGUGCAGGAGGGCCAGGCCGCACAUCCCUCUGGGACAGUAGUGACAGAGAAGCAGCAGAUUCUGGAGCACAACCUCCAGGACAUCAGGAAGCGCGUGCAGGAUAUGGAACAGAAGAUGAAAAUGCUUGAGAACUUGCAAGAUGACUUUGACUUCAAUUACAAGACGUUGAAAAGUCAAGGGGAGUUGUCCCAGGACCUGAAUGGGAAUAGCCAAGCAGCUGCCACCCGACAGAAGAUGGCUCAGCUCGAGCAGAUGCUGAGUGCGCUGGACCAGCUGAGGAGGCAAAUAGUGACAGAGAUGGGAGGCUUGUUGACCGCCAUGGAUUAUGUGCAGAAGAACCUGACUGAUGAAGAGCUAGCAGACUGGAAGAGGAGGCAGCAGAUUGCCUGUAUUGGAGGACCACCUAACAUCUGCCUGGACCGCCUCGAAACAUGGUAACCAUGGCUGCAUUGUUGGUCACAUUAAUGAUCAAUGAACAAUUUGAUAUUUAUUAGUGAAUAUUAAAAAAGCACAAAUGAAAAACUUUAUUCGAACAAUUUACAUGGGUAUUUAUUGCAUAACACUGGUAAAUGAUGUAUUGGUAUCAUAAAUUUAA